GUCAAAACAAGUCAAAAAUAAAUUUAAUUCUGCUCAAUAUAAAUUUUUCCCUUUUUCACAAAAAUAAAUUUCCUUCCUUCAUUUUUUUGAAAUUAAAUUUCUUUGCUUACCUUACAACUUUAAAAAAUCAAAAAUGGCUUCUAUCAUUCUAUACGGACUCUACUUAACUAUUUUCCUUCAUAUUAUCCUCCAAGACUCUAAUAUACCUCCAAUGGCUGAUGCUCAGGUUUUUAGAGGAUUUGUGGAUGGAUCGACAAGUGGAUCUAUUUUAAACAAUUUGUGGGGACGCAAAAAGCGAUUGGCAAAAAAUUCGAAUUUUGAAGGAUAA